AUGUCCGCGAUCCAGAAGAAUAUCGAGAACGCAUCGGAGAAAUAUUCAUCAUCCUUCACUAAAGGGCAUCUUGCACUUCCACCAGCAAGGAAAUAUCUUGUUGUAACAUGCAUGGAUGCUCGAAUUGACCCGGCCCAAGCAUUUGGGAUCGAAUUAGGCGAUGCCCAUGUCAUCCGAAACGCGGGUGCCUCUGGCCGCGACGCAUUGCGCAGCAUUAUUAUUUCCGAGCAGCUCCUCGGCACUCAGGAAAUAGUCCUUGUCAAGCACACGGGAUGCGGGAUGCUGACUUUCAAGAAUGAAGAUGCCUAUGGCAUAGUCGAAAAGAAUCUGGGGUCAGAUGCAGUUGCCGAGCUCAACGCUCGAGGAUUAGAUUUUCUCCCAUUUCCAGAUCUGGAGCGGGCUGUUGAGGAUGAUGUGGAGUACCUUCAAGAUACCAAACUCAUCCCAGACAGCGUGGCCAUUAGUGGUUGGGUUUAUGAAGUCGAAAAUGGAAAGACUCGGAGAGUGGUGUAA